AUGGAGGGCGAUGUCGACGGUAUAAUGGAAUGUCCAAGAGGGAACGAUGACCAGUCGCAACGGGCACGGGAGAAAUGGGACGCUUGGAAACAGCAGAACGGCCUCUCCCGCACCGAAGCCAAACGCCGCUACAUCACCACCCUCAUCGACACCAUGCACAAGUACGCCUCGCCCUCACCCGAUUCCCGCGAACUAGUCGCCGAACUAGAAUUCGUCUGGGACCAAGUCAAAUCCAACGUGCCCUCCUCAUCCUCCUCCUCGCCGCUACGCACCUCCGACCACAUAACCCCCGGCUACUCCCAGCACGAACUAGGCCAAAGCGGCCGCGCAGCCAUGAACAACAGCAGUAACGACAUGGAGGACCGCCCUCGAAACGAGCCCGACCGCCGCGCCGUGCCCCUCCGCGUAAAAUCACCAAUGUCGCAAUCCGAAGAAGAGCUCGAGGAAGAAGAAGCAGAAAUCGAGCGUGAAGGCGAGGUCUUCGUCGACGCCCCAGACUCGCAAUACAAUCCCACAUCCUACCCCGACGACGACGACGACGCCGCCCCUGACCUCGAAGACGCAGGCGUACAAACCGAUUUACAACAGUUGAUCCGCGCAGAACCCAUACCUAUACAAACGCCCACGCCCGCGCCACGGAAUCGCGGCAUGGGCGUCCUGGGCAAACCGAUUCAGAUGCCCAUACCCGGUUUCGGCAGCACACCCGCCGCCGCUGCUGGAAACGGUGCCGCAGCAGCAGCGAAAGACAGCUCGCCCAAAGAAUCAGUCGCAGACCAGAAAUGGCGGAAGCGCGUUGAGCAAUCGCUCAUGAAGAUGACGGCAGAAGUCGCGGCACUACGCGAACAAUUAGAAGCAAGAAGGCUCUUUGCACAUUCAGUACACUACCAGCUGCUUAGGGGCGUGUGGAGAUGGGUGUGGGCGUGCUUCAAGCAUGUGGCUGUUGAUGUGUUUAUAUUGGGUAUAGUGCUGUUGUGGAUGCGGCGGAAGAAGGAUAAGAGGCUGGAAGGGGCGAUACGGGUGCUGCUGGGGGAUGCGGUGGCGCAGAUGCGGAGGGGUGGGGGGAUGGUGUUUGGAAGGGUUAGGAUACCGCUUUUAAGGGGAGGGAAGAAAGGGGGGACAGCAGCAACGGCAUAA